ACACCUAUCGUCCUCUCGCAUCUGAUUGGUCACUGCACCUACCGUUCAUUUGACAAGCAAAAUAGUGCUCGGGCCGAGUUUGCUAUUGUACGUUGUCGUCGACCAUACGCCGCAAACAUGUCCGAAGAACGUUCUGAAAGGUCCGAUGGAAAGAUUGUAAAGAUGGAGGUGGACUACAGCUCGACGGUGGAACAGCGUCUCCCGGAGUGCGAGAAAAUGGCGAAAGAUGGCAAACUGCAAGAAGCAGUUGAGAGCUUGUUGUCAUUAGAGAAGCAAACUAGAACGGCAUCAGACAUGGUGUCCACAUCCAGAAUCCUUGUGGCUGUGGUACAGAUGUGCUAUCAAGCAAAAGACUGGGAUGCUCUGAAUGAAAAUAUCAUGCUUCUUUCCAAGAGGAGGAGUCAGCUGAAACAGGCUGUGGCGAAAAUGGUGCAAGAAUGUUACAAAUAUGUGGAUUCUGUGACUGAUUUGACCAUCAAGCUGCGGCUCAUUGACACUCUACGCACUGUGACUGCAGGAAAGAUUUAUGUAGAGAUUGAACGUGCCAGGCUAACGAAAACGUUGGCUAAUAUCAAGGAACAAAGCGGAGAUGUAAAAGAGGCAGCUGCCAUUCUUCAAGAACUGCAGGUUGAGACAUAUGGCUCCAUGGAGAAAAAAGAGAAGGUAGAGUUCAUCUUGGAGCAGAUGAGGCUUUGCGUUGCUGUCAAGGAUUACAUUCGCACACAGAUCAUCAGCAAGAAGAUCAACACCAAAUUCUUCCAAGAGGAGGGCACUGAGGAGUUAAAGCUGAAGUACUACAACCUGAUGAUUCAGGUGGACCAGCAUGAGGGCUCAAAUGUGUCCAUAUGCAAACACUAUAGGGCCAUUUAUGACACGCCGUGUAUCCUUGAGGACAACAGCAAGUGGCAGCAGGCCCUGAAAAGUGUUGUGCUGUAUGUGAUUCUCUCUCCCUAUGACAAUGAGCAGUCAGACCUAGUCCACAGGGUCAGUGAAGAUAAGAAAUUGGAAGAGAUUCCCAAAUACAAGGACCUUCUGAAGCAGUUCACCACCAUGGAGCUUAUGCGCUGGGCUGCCUUGGUGGAGGAUUAUGGGAAGGAGUUAAGGGAGGGCUCAACCGGCAGCCCCGCAACCGAAGUCUUUUCAUAUUCUGAGGAGGGGGAGAAGCGAUGGAAGGAUCUGAAGAACAGAGUGGUGGAGCAUAACAUCAGAAUAAUGGCCAAAUAUUACACCAGAAUCACAAUGAAGAGGAUGGCCGGGCUUCUUGACCUUUCCAUUGAUGAAUCUGAGGAGUUUCUCUCCAGCCUGGUCGUCAGCAAGACCAUCUACGCCAAGGUGGACCGCCUGGCCGGAAUCAUCAACUUUCAAAGGCCUAAAGACCCCAACGACCUGCUCAACGACUGGUCGCACAAACUCAACUCGCUCAUGUCGCUGGUCAACAAGACCACGCAUCUCAUCGCCAAGGAGGAAAUGAUCCACAACCUGCAGUGAAACAAGAUCGCGCUUCUUUUUCUAUGUUUCGUUUCCCGUGUCUCCUUCCGACGGAUUGUUUUGAUUGGACAAUGAGCCCCGCAGCACAAACUUUGUCCACUACAAACUCAAAACAAGAAUUGUUAUUAAUGACCAUUAACAUGUUGCAACAUAACAAAUAAACCCUCAGUUGUGUAA